GGCCGUCGCCGUCAAGCUGCUCGACCUCGAGGGCUCGCAGGGACACAAAGAAUGGCUGGCCGAAGUCAUUUUCCUUGGGCAAAUGCGGCAUCCACACCUCGUCAAACUGAUCGGCUACUGCUACCAGGAUCAGCACAGGCUUCUUGUCUACGAAUUCAUGGCGAGGGGCAGCUUGGAGAAGCAUCUCUUCAAAAAAUACUCUGCUUCCCUGCCAUGGUCAGCACGAUUGAAGAUCGCCAUUGGAGCUGCCAAAGGUUUGGCCUUCCUCCACGAAGCUGCAAAACCUGUCAUCUACCGCGAUUUCAAGACCUCCAACAUCCUAUUGGACUCGGACUACACAGCAAAGCUAUCGGAUUUCGGACUAGCAAAGGAUGGGCCUGGUGAAGAUGAAACCCAUGUCUCGACCCGAGUCAUGGGCACGCAGGGCUACGCCGCACCCGAGUACAUCAUGAUUGGACAUUUGACAACAAAGAGCGACGUGUAUAGUUUCGGUGUCGUACUACUGGAGCUACUAACAGGACGGAAGGUGGUGGACAAGAACAGGCCGCCGCGGGAGCAAAACCUUGUGGAAUGGGCGCGGCCGUGCCUGAACGAUCCUCGCCGGCUUGCCCGCGUGAUGGACCGAAGUCUGGAUGGGCAGUACCCUACUCAAGCUGCCCAAAAGGCCGCAGCAAUCGCUCACAAGUGCUUGAAUGUAAGCCCUAAAUCGCGUCCCCAGAUGUCAGCCGUUGUAGAGGCCCUGGAGUCAUUGCUUUCUCUGGAUGAUGGCAAUGUACAACCAUUUGUGUACACGGCGCCGUCAGAGAACAAAUGAACGGUCACUAAUGUGUAAGAGAACAGAAGGAUCCACAAAUUGAAUUUUGUCCGCA